AUGGGCGGCCGAAAUUGGCUGAUCCGAUCGGCAUUUCUAGUCUCAACUUUUUUGUUAUGCAUUAGCAUUGCUCAGGUUGGUUUUCAUCUUUUAUACAGUACACCUAAUAUUGUCAAAUUUCAGGAACUACUUCCGUCAAUCGAAGUAGAAAGCCUAGCACAAGAUCUUCAAAUUCAAGAAUGGAUGCGCACACUACGACGCGUCAAGCGCGCACCAACCAGAAGUAACCGACCCGAACCAGUGGUUGUGGGUCGAAAUGGGACCGGUAAAUGCGUGAUAUCAGCUGAUCGCGCAUCGCAUUUUUGCGGAAUGGAAGAAGAAGUGUCCGCACCUCCGAUUCCGCCGCCAGAUGAGGGAAAAUGUAUCAUCUCCAAGGCAUCAGGUCGUGAGAUUUGCUACCCAUCAUACAGUCAACUGGAUACAAGUUGUACCGACGUCAUCGAGAAGUCAUCUAAUGGACUUGUAGUCCCACCAGUUGUACCUCAUGCUACGCAAGUUCUUUCUAAACUGUUUUUAACGAUUUUAAUCAAUUUCAGGGUCCGUGCGAUGGCGUUCGUUCCACCGGACAACCUGCGACGUCUCAUCAUUCAAUACUACCGUCAACAAGGAAAACAUCAACCGAAGAACGCAACAUUCUCCCCCAAAUCUUUCCUUUUCGUUAAAUAUCACUGUGAUUAUGGCUACGAAAUGGUGGAUGAGGUAGAUACAAUGUUCUGUCAGGACAAACAAUGGGUUCUGACACCUCCCAUGUGCCGUGGACAAGGUCUUUGUGCUGCUGAUAAUGGAGGAUGUUCACACACUUGUAUCUCGUAUAAUGAUGAAAAGAUCGAGUGUAAAUGUCCACGAGGAAUGACACUGGAUGUCGAUGAGAAGACUUGUAUCAAGCCUGUACCAAAAUCUUUGUGUCGUUCACUUUCUGGAUGUACCUGUAACGGAGUCACUGAAACUCAAUUCGCCUGCUCAUGUGGAGAUAACAAACAAAAGUGUCUUCUUCUCACAGGACCACCAAAGAUUUAUAUUGAACCACAAGGACCAUAUGAGGUUGCUCCUGGAGGAAAUAUCAAUAUUAGUUGUACAAGUGUUGCCUACCCAUUCCCCGAUAUUUAUUGGUACAAAAACCAACGAGUCAACACAAAUGGACAAGGACAAAACAUCCUCCGAUCUUCUCAAGUACUGAUCAUCAAAGAAAUUUAUCGAAACGAAGAGUUCACUUGUGUAGCUGACAACAUCCACGGAUCAGCUAACCGAACUGUCUCGAUUGUUGUUACUGGACCAGGAUCUGCUCCUAAUUUGAAAUCUGCAUCCGCUGGGAGAACAUCUUUAACUGUUCGAUGGGAGCCACCAAGUAUCAUCAAUAGACCAAUUACGACAUACACUCUGUACUACACCAAUAAUCCACAACAACCUGUGAAGAACUGGAAGAAGUUGGAAGUGAAAGAACCAACAAGAGAAGUUGCCAUUCCGGAUCUCCGACCAGAUACUGCUUACUACAUUCGUGUUAGAGCAAAUGAUCAAUUAGGACCCGGGAAACUUGGAAACCAAGUUCAAAUCAGAACAUUAAAACCAGCAGUUCGUCCAUAUGUCACCAUCGUUGAAGGAGAUGAAAUCAGAGUUCCACCGAUGACACCAUUCGAACUUGAUUGUAAUGUAACAAAGGCUGAUCCUAUUCCAGUUCUCGUAUGGCUUCACAAAGGUCGAUCACUAAAUAAGGGAAGCAAAACUCAACACAUCAAGAUGAAGAAUGGAGGAGUUUUGGAGAGCACUCAAUUCUCUUGCGUCGCUGAAAAUGAAGCAGGAAAGUCGACGAAGAAAAUCAAUAUCACUGUUACUGGACCAAGUGCUCCGGAGAGAAUUCGUUAUCAAAUCGAUGGAGACAAGGUGACACUUCAAUGGGAACCACCACAAAUCACAAACGGACCAAUGGCUGGAUAUGAUGUCUACUAUACAGAUGAUCCAAGUUUGCCUCGUGAUCAAUGGAAAGUUCAUCAUAUCGAUGACCCGAAUGCCAGAACAACAACUGUUCCAAGAUUGAAUGAGAAGACACCCUACAAUUUUUUCAUUGUUGGAAGAAAUCGUCUUGGUCCAGGUCUUCGAAGUUCUCCAUUCACAGCAACAACUUGGCUUGCUUCCAAACCACCAAUUGUACUUUUGGAACCACAAGAUGAAGUCACCAAGGAGCCAAGUAACGAUGAAAUGAUUAUUGAAUGUGGAGCUCAAGGAGUUCCAAAACCAAAGAUCAUUUGGCUCUGGAGUGGGACCCUCAUUGAAGAUGGGAAAGAUGAAUUCAGAGUGUAUGAUACUACUCCAGCAGAUGCUCAAGAUCGUACCAGAAGCAAACUGAUUGCUCAGAGUACAACUAGAAGUGGAGUUGCCACGUGUCAAGCUGUCAACUCUGAAGGGUCGGAUGAGAAGAAAGUUCCAGUCAAGAUUCUGGGGCCUGGAAGUGCACCAAUAGGAAUCACACCAACACCAAUGCACACUGGAUUCGAUGUUGCCUGGCAACCACCAAAGAUUCCAAAUGGAAGAAUCAAGGAUUAUGUCGUUUACUACUCAAAAGACCCAGAUGCACCACUUUCAGACUGGGAAUCUAGAACUGUUCUAGCUGAUACCAGAAAUCUCACUAUUCAUGUGGAUGAUGAAGAUACUCCAUAUGUUACGAAGGUUCAAGCAAGAACUGACGACGGACCAGGAAUCAUUUCUGAGGCCUAUGAAGUCACUACAGGGAGAAAACAAGUUCCACUUUCUGUCCGCCUCGAAGUCACUGACCCAUCAGUUGAUCCAUCAUCCGGAGAAACAGUUGUCGAACCAACUCAACCAAUUCACUUCCGAUGCAUUGCUGAUGGUCGUCCAAUGCCCAGUGUCUCUUAUUCGUGGCUUCCAAGCAACGCAUCCGAAUCUGGAGACGAACCAGUUCCAAUCCCAAUUCAAACGGAUGAAAAUCAACCACACCGCUAUAACUCUAUCCAGGUUUAUUCGACAACUGCAACCAAGAGAGUUUUGUUGUGUCAAGCAAGAAAUCCAGAUGGAACUGUCGAUGAUCGUCACGUCUUCAUUGUGAACAAACCUGGAAGCGCUCCACAAAAUGUCGAAGUCAUCGUUGACCCUGAUAACCGGGUCACGAUCACAUGGCAACCAUCGAAGUAUCCAAACGGAGAUAUCACUAAGUACAACGUCUACAUCACUGGAGAUCCAUCUCUUCCUGUUGAUCAAUGGCAAGUAUUCCCAGUCGACGAAGUCACUGAUCCAAAACUCGUUCUUCAACGUGGUGCUCUGCAACCAGAGACUCCAUAUUAUGUGAAGAUCGCCGCUGUGAAUCCGCACGGAGAAGGAAUUCAUACCGAUGCAAAACAUUUCGACACUGUCAGUGGUGCUCCGAUUGAUGCUCCAACCGAUGUUCUUCCAAGUGUUUCUAUCGAUAACACUGUCAAUGUCACCUGGUCUCCACCAACUCAACCACUCGGACCAAUCAAGAGUUACACUGUCUUCUUUGCUCCAGAAUACGAUGACAGUGACUACAAGACUUGGCAGCGAAUCAGUGUUGAUGCUCCAGAUGGUGCGGAUCACGGAGAAAUCACUCUUCCCAAAGAACAAUUCAAUCCAAACACUCCAUACAAGAUUAGAGUAUCUUCUACAAACGAUUUGUCAGAAGGACCUGCUUCUGAACCAUUCCGUUUUGAAACUGGAAGUGGAGAGAUCCCACCGACAAUCACUUUAGAGCCAUCCAACUCCACUUACCUUGUCGAACCACUGGGAGCAGUUACAAUCACAUGUACAGCCAAUGGAGUUCCUCAACCGAAGGUUCACUGGAUUAAGGAGAACGGAGAGCAUGUGGAUUCUGCUACUCUCCAACUCUACGACGUCGUCAAGGAUUCAAGUGCCACGUGUGUUGCUGAGAAUAAUGCUGGAAAGACUCAAGAAGCAGUAACAGUCCAAGUUACCGGACCAGGAACUGCUCCAAAUGAGAUUGUUCUUCUUCCAAUGCCAAAUCAAGAAAUCAAUGUUGAAUGGACAAGUCCAGAUGAGGUCAACGGGCAGAUUACAAACUAUAUUAUCCAUUAUGGAGAGAUUGCUGAAGAUGGAAGUGAGCCAACUACCUGGGAUCAGAUCACCAUUCCACGUGAUGAUGUUAACCAUAAGUUGGCAAAUUUGGAGCCAAAGAAGACUUAUGCAGUUCGAGUUCAAGCAGUUAGUGACCGUGGACCGGGAGUUAUUUCGGCUCCUCAAGUCAUCAAGACUCUUCCAUUAGCUCCACAAGCCAUCACGAACCCAAUCAUUCAAGUUCAUCCGAAUAACAGUGUCACAAUUGAAUUCACACCACCGGAUGAUCCAGAAAAUCCAGGAAAGAAGAUUAAGGACUUUGUGAUUCAAUACACUACUGAUGAGGAACCAGACGAUGAGAGUGAAUGGAAGGAAUUGAAAUUCUCGGACCCAGACGACACCGAUGACACCACAUUUGUCAAUAUUGAUGGAGAGAACUUCAAUCCAGACACCAAAUACAACACACGAAUCAUUGCUCGUGGGGAAAUCGAUUCCCAACCAAGUGAUACAACACUUUUCGCUACUGGAGAUGGAGUUAUUGCGCCCAGUCAACCGACAUUCAACGUGGAAACUGAAGAUGGAGUCAUCCGAGUUCCAGCUGGAACUGAUUAUACUAUCAAAUGUGUUUCAGAUGGAUAUCCAGCACCUGAUAUCCGAUGGGUUGAUUCACACGGAAAUCAACUCUCCGAUGGUCCACUUCUCCGAAUCAUUGACAUUCGCAAAACGCUCAACGCAAAAUGUCUCGCUGAAAACCGCGGAGGACUCAAGGAAACUGACCUGAUUGUAUUUGUGGCUGGACCUGGGACUGCUCCAGAGAAUAUUCAAUUGACUGCCAACAAGCCAACAACGAUUUCUGUACAAUACGAAGUUCCAUCAAUUCCAAACGGAAACAUCAGCAAGUACAUCAUCUACUACACCCCACUCGACGAUCAAGAUCCGAACCAUCAACUUGGGCAAGUUCAGACUAAACCAAUCAAUGAAUGGCUGAAUGUUCAUGACCUGAAUGAUGGUGUAGAAGGACCAAGAAAAGUAGAUAUUAAGGACUUUGUGAAUACUGACACCGCCUACGCUGUAGUCGUUCAGGCAAUCAAUGACGAUGGACCAGGACCGUAUUCCAAUCAAUACACAAUUAGAACAAUGUCAAGAGCUCGUGAAGGUCCGCCAGUUGAACUUCGUGUGGAACCAGAUGGUCAAAGAUCUGCAGUAGCUCAAUGGAAGGAACCAACGACUUCUGAUGUUCCACCAAUUGGAUAUGAAAUCUAUUAUGUUAGAGGAGACAAGAGUGUUGAAGAGGAUGAUUCAGCAGGAUUAAAUGAUUGGAUUAAGAUUUCAAUCGACGAUCCAUCGAAACUCACACACAAGAUUCAGAAUCUUCUCCUUCCGGAUACCGACUACGUAUUCAAGAUGCGAGCCAUCUAUCCCGAUGGACCAAGUGUAUUCUCUGAACCAUGUAUCAUGAAGACUCUUCCAGAUGGAAGUGCUCCAUACAUUCAGAUUUCAACAGGAGACAACGGAGUCGAGGGAAGCACCACCAUCAACAUUCUUCCAGGAUCCCAAAUGACAAUUGCAUGUAACGCCACUGGAGUUCCAUUGCCACAAGUCAAAUGGAUUAAGGCUGGAAACUACGAAAUCGAUCCGAGUAGAGUGGAUGCUGAUAAGAAUCAUGCCCAAUUUUCCCUUCAAGUUGGCAAUAUCACAGAGGAUACCACAUUCAAUUGCGUUGCUCAAAAUCCAUGGGUCAUGCGAACUGGACUAUCAAUAGACGAUUUUGUGACUUCAAAGUCAGAUGGAGGACAAAUUGUUUUGGUUUUCAACGACGAAUUGCCAGAAUACUUGAAACCUCCAAACGAAUGGACGAUUCAAUAUACAGAUGAUGCUGAACAACCAAAAGAUCAAUGGGAAACGAUUCCAUCAGGUGGAGCUCCACUUACGAGAGUCGAAGUUCUAAAUAUGAAUCCAGGAACCUAUUAUUAUUUAGUUGUAGACAAUCCAGAGAAAGGAAUUCAGACUCCAACUUUGGUUGUUAUGACACCAAAGCCACCAUCUGACAUUCGCUUCGGAAAGAACAACGAUGAUGAGCAAGUGGUUGACUUCAAGCCAGCUAUCACUUCUGAACCAGUCAAGGAAUAUACUAUCAGCGUUUGGCCAUCUAGCGAUCCGACCAAUGUGAAGAAGUUCACAACUCCAGCCGACGUGACCAGUGGAGUAGUUGUAGAUGGUCUGGACCCAGAUACAGAGUACAAUAUACAGGUGGCAGCAGAAUUUUUCGAGGGAGAAGAGAUUGCCAGUGAGCCGAUCACUGUGAAAACUCCACCAAGAGAUGUCUCCUGUGAAUGUGAGCAUGCAUGCACCUUCGAACUCAAUGAGGAUGAUGGUACUUUGGAACCAAAAUGCUAUUGUCACGAUGGAUUCCAUCUAACAUCUGAUGGAAAGGGAUGUGAGAGAGAUGAGGAGGAUGACGCCACGUCACAAGCUGUGCUUCAAGUGACACCUCCAUCCAUCACUACAAAAGUGGCACCAGAAGAACUGCCAACUGGAGAACCCGAAACAACUUCAGGAACAAUUUCGCCGAUUGUAGGACCAGAUGGAAAACCGCUUCCAGUUGAUAAUAAGGGAAGACCCAUUGAUAGUGCUGGUAAACGAAUUGAAAUAUAUGAAAAUGGAGAUCCAGUGGCUCCAGAUGGAACGACUUUGGAGAAGAAUGACAAGGGAGAAUGGAUUUAUCCAUUAGUUGAUAAAAAUGGAAAACCACUUCCAGUUGAUGAGAACAAUAAGCCAAUUAUUACUGCUGUCGAUGAGAAAGGAGAUCCAUUGAUUGAAUCAGAAGACGGUGCAUUUGUCACUUCCGAUGGAAAGCCAGUUGAAGUUGAUAUUCUCGGAAGACCAUUAGAUAAAGAUGGAAAUCCAUACAAAACAAAUGAGAAUGGACAGUUCGUAGUUGCUGAUGUGGAUGGAGCGGAUAUGGAAGAAGAAGAUGACGAGAAACCACCAGUUAUUCCAUUUUAUAUCAUUGAAGUAGACGAUGACGGAAAGUAUUUGGAUGAGGAAGGAAACGAACUUCCAUUGAAUGAAGAUGGAGAACCAGUGGAUGAGGAUGGCAACAAACUUGAAAAGAAUGGAGAGGGCAAAUAUGUAAAACCAAAGAAAGCAGAAGAUACACCACAGCCAACCAAGAUCACAAUUGUGUCUCCUGAUGGUACUCCAUUGCCAACUGAUGCCAAUGGAUCGCCAAUUGGAUUAGAUGGACAUCCUAUUCCAACUGAUUCAAGUGGAAGACCAUUAGCUAAGGAUGGAUCUCCACUCCCAACUGACAAUCAAGGAAACUACGUUAUCCUCCCAGCAUCAAGAGAUGAAGACCAAGCCCCAGCAACUGAUGAAGCUGGAAGAGUCAUCUACCCAAUUUUACUACCGGAUGGAACGUUAUUGGCAACUGAUUCCAGUGGAAAUUAUGUCAAUAGACAUGGCGAUAUUGUCGAGAAAGAUGAUGAUGGAACUCCAAUGGGACCUGAUGGACAGGUACUACCCACUGAUGCUUCUGGAAACUAUGUCUACCCAGUAACUGGUCCAAAUGGAGAGGUUCUUCCAACUGAUUCAAACGGAAAGCCGAUUUAUCCAGUUCGUGGACCAGAUGGAACACCAUUACCAACUGAUGCUUCUGGAGCUAUCAUUGGACCAGACGGAGAACCAAUUCCAACUGAUGCCAGUGGAAAACCACUUUCCAAGGAUGGAUCUCCACUCCCCGUAGACAACCGAGGAAACUAUGUCGUUCUUUCAACUGAGAGCGACGUGACAAAAACUCUUCCGACUGAUGAGGCUGGUAUGCCAGUUCAUCCAAUCGUGAAACCAGAUGGAACUCUUCUUGCAACUGAUUCCUCCAAUAACUUUAUAACUGAAAAUGGGGACAUCAUUGAAAAAGAUGAGGAAGGAAGACCGCUUGGACCAGAUGGGCAGGUGAUUCAAAACCUCUCGAAUAUUCUUCCCACUGAUGCAACUGGAAAUUACAUCUAUCCAGCAGAUGGACCAGAUGGACAAGUCUUACCAACUGAUUCUACAGGAAAAACUGUUUAUCCAGUUCGUGGACCUGAUGGAACCCCACUCCCAACUGAUGCCUCUGGAGCUGUUGUUGGACCAGAUGGAGAGCCAAUUUCUACUGAUUCUAGUGGAAUUCCCCUUGACAAAGACGGCUCACCACUUCCAACGGACGCAUCUGGAAAUUACGUUCUCAUACCCACUGAUGAACCUGUGACCAAGAGUUAUCCAACUGAUGAUUCUGGAGUUACAGUAUACCCAAUUGUUAAACCAGACGGAACUCCUUUUGAAACCGAUUCUACUGGUGUAUUCGUGACCGAUGAUGGACAGGCAAUCGAGAAGGAUAGUGAUGGAAAACCUCUCGGACCAGACGGACAGGUUCUCCCCACGGAUGCAUCUGGAAACUACAUCUACCCAAGUAUUGGACCAGAUGAACAGCCUGUGCCCACUGAUUCACUUGAAAAAAGUGUGCAUACAGUUCGCGGACCAGAUGGAACCCCACUACCUACAGAUGCUUCUGGAGCUGUAAUUGGGCCAGAUGGAGAAGCAAUUCCAACUGAUGGGGAAGGUGCACCAUUGAACAAAGAUGGAUCCCAACUCCCUACAGAUAAUAACGGAAAUUACGUUCUUGUUCCAAUCGGAGAAGAUGAUUUCAAGACUGUGCCAACCGAUGAAUCAGGAAAUGUCAUCUAUCCAAUCGUCAAACCAGACGGAACUCUUCUAUCUACUGAUUCCACAGGAAAUUAUCUCACUGAUGCUGGAGAGGUUGUUGAAAAAGAUGACAAUGGUAAACCAUUAGGACCAGAUGGUUCAGUUCUUCCAACCGAUGCUUCUGGUAAUUACGUCUAUCCAGCUGCAUCUGAGAGUCAAGUUUUCCCAACCGAUGCUUAUGGAAAACCAAUUCCAACGAUUAUUGGGCCCGAUGGAACCCUAUUACCAACAGACGGGCUUGGAUCUGUUGUUGGACCAGAUGGUGUACCAAUUAUUACUGAUCAAACUGGAACUCCACUUGAUAAGGAUGGUGCUCCACUUCCAACAGAUGAUUCUGGAAACUACGUUUUCAUUACAACUCAACACCCGACUGAUGAGGUUGUUACACCAAUCACAAAGCCAGAUGGAACUCCAUUGGCUACAGACUCUAUUGGAAACUAUGUGAACGACAACGGAGAUAUCAUUGAGAAGGAUAAUGAAGGAAGACCACUUGGACCGGAUGGAACUGUUUUGCCAACUGAUGAUUCUGGAAACUAUAUAUAUCCAGCAACAACAAUCGAUGGUGAACUUCUGCCUACCGAUUCGGCUGGAAAGACAAUUUAUCCAGUCAGAGGACCCGAUGGAACACCUCUUCCUACUGAUGCUUCAGGUAUACCCGUUCGUCCGGAUGGUGAGCCGAUUCCAACAGACGAGAAUGGAACACCUUUAGCUAAAGACGGUUCACCACUCCCAACUGAUAAUAAUGGAAACUACAUCUACGUGCCGGAUGACGUCGAAACCAAAGAACUGCCAACGGAAGAAGUUGAUCAUGUAGUUCAUCCAAUCGUUAACCCUGAUGGUACCCCACUUGGAACUGAUUCCAGCGGAAAUGAUGUGACAUUCACUGGAGAGGUGAUUCAAAAAGAUGAUGAUGGGAAGCCGCUUGGCCCAGACGGAUCCGUACUCCCAACCGACGAUUCUGGAAACUAUAUCUAUGCAGUUGUUGGACCUGAUGGACAAGUAUUGGCCACCGACGAUUCUGGAAAACCAAUCUAUCCAGUCCGUGGUCCAGAUGGAACCCCACUUCCAACUGAUGCUUCCGGUGCCGUCAUUGGACCAGAUGGAGAGCCAGUACCAACCGAUGCCAGUGGCAAACCACUUUCCAAAGACGGUUCCCCUCUUCCAACUGAUGCUUCUGGAAACUAUGUUCUCAUCCCAACUGAGGAAGACACCACCAAAACUCUUCCAACUGAUGAGGCUGGUUUGGUUAUUUACCCAAUCGUAAACCCUGAUGGAACCCCGCUUGCAACUGAUUCGACUGGAGCGUUUGUGACACAAGAUGGAAGUACCAUUGACAAAGAUGAAGAUGGUAAACCACUUGGACCAGAUGGUUCAGUUCUUCCUACUGAUAACUCUGGAAACUACAUCUAUCCAGUGAUUGGACCAGACGGGCAACCUCUUCCAACGGAUUCUUCUGGAAAUCCAAUUUAUCCAGUACGUGGACCUGAUGGAACCCCUCUUCCAACCGAUUCCAAAGGAAACGUCAUUGGACCUGACGGGGAACCAAUCCCAACUGAUGCAAGUGGAAAACCAGUUGCUAAGGAUGGAUCACCGCUUCCAACUGACAACCAAGGUAACUACGUUCUUGUUCCAACAGUGGGAGAAGUCACUAAAGCCUUACCAACAGACGAUGCCGGAAACGUUAUCUACCCUAUUGUCAUGCCAGAUGGAACACUUCUUACCACUGAUUCCACUGGAGAGUAUGUCACGGAUAACGGACAAAUCAUUGAGAAAGAUGAUGAAGGGAAGCCACUUGGACCAGAUGGACAGGUGAGUGAAACCCUCUUGAAUGUAUUUUUUAUUCUUCCCACUGAUGCAACUGGAAAUUACAUCUAUCCAGCAGAUGGACCAGAUGGACAAGUCUUACCAACUGAUUCUACAGGAAAAACUGUUUAUCCAGUUCGUGGACCUGAUGGAACCCCACUCCCAACUGAUGCCUUUGGAGCUGUUGUUGGACCAGAUGGAGAGCCAAUUUCUACUGAUGCUAGUGGAAUUCCCCUUGACAAAGACGGCUCACCACUUCCAACGGACGCAUCUGGAAAUUACGUUCUCAUCCCCACUGAUGAAACUGUGACCAAGAGCUACGCAACUGAUGAUUCUGGAGUUACAGUAUAUCCAAUUGUCAAACCAGACGGAACUCCGCUUGCAACCGAUUCUACUGGUGCAUUCGUGACCGAUGAUGGGAAGACAAUUGAGAAAGACAGUGAUGGAAAACCUCUCGGACCAGAUGGACAGGCAAUCAAACGUAUCAUACCGAAAGACUACAAAAAGGUCACAUUGCAGAAUCUUCCAACUGAUGAUAUCGGAAAUUACAUCUACCCAGCUGUUGGCCCAGAUGGACAAGUAUUGCCGACUGAUGCUUCUGGAAAACCAAUCUACUCUGUACGUGGAUCAGAUGGAACUCCACUUCCAACUGAUUCCGAAGGAAACGUCGGACCUGAUGGAGAACCAAUUCCAACAGAUGCCAGUGGUAAACCACUUUCCAAAGACGGGUCCACACUUCCAACUGAUGCUUCUGGAAACUAUGUGCUUAUCCCAACUGAGGAAGAAACCACCAAAGCUCUUCCAACUGACAGUGUUGGUAAUGUUAUUUAUCCAAUCAUCAAGCCAGACGGAACACCACUUGCUACAGAUAGUUAUGGGUCUCAUGUAACCGAUGAAGGUCAUGUAAUUGAGAAGGAUGACGAAGGUAACCCGGUCGGACCUGAUGGGUCCGUACUUCCAACUGACGAGUCAGGCAACUAUAUCUACCCAGCUGUUGGUCCUGAUGGGCAAGUAUUAGCCACUGAUUCGACUGGAAAGACUGUUUAUCCAGUUCGUGGUCCAGACGAUACCCCACUUCCAACUGACGCUUCUGGAGCUGUUAUUGGACCAGACGGAGAACCAAUUCCAACUGAUGCCAGUGGUAAACCACUUUCCAAGGAUGGAUCUCCACUUCCAACUGACAAUCAAGGAAAUUAUGUUUUUGUUCCAUCAGAUGAGGACACAACUAAAGUUCUCCCAACUGAUGAUUCUGGAAAUACCAUUUUCCCAAUCGUGAAACCAGACGGAACUCCACUCAGCACAGAUUCCACUGGAAACUUCAUAACUGAAAACGGGGAAAUCAUUGAACGGGAUGACAACGGAAAACCAAUGGGACCUGAUGGACAAGUUCUUGCAACUGAUGAUUCUGGAAACUACGUCUAUCCUGAAAGUGGAACUGUUGAGCAAGUGCUUCCUACAGAUGUUUCACGAAAACCAGUUCAUCAAGUCAUUGGACCAGAUGGAUUUCCACUUCCAACUGAUUCAGCUGGAAACGUCAUCGGACUGGAUGGAGAACCAAUCCCAACUGACUCUGAUGGUGUUCCACUGUCUAAUAUUGGACUUCCUCUUCCAACAAACAGCGAUGGAGAGUACAUCACUUUGCCAUCUGAUUCUGGAGAGACGAAGGCAAAACCAAUGGACGAUGAAGAGAACGACGUGUAUCCAAUCACAACAGCCGAUGGAACUCCACUUGCAACAGACUCUACUGGAUCAUUUGUUACUGAUGAUGGAAAGAUUGUCGAGAAAGAUGACGAUGGAAAGCCAAUCGGACCAGAUGGACAGGUACUUCCCACUGACGACUCUGGAAACUACGUGUAUCCAGCUGUCAGACCAGAUGGACAAGUAUUGGCCACUGACGAUUCUGGAAAAUCAAUCUAUCCAAUCCUCGGACCUGAUGGAACUCCACUCCCAACUGACGCUUCCGGAGCAGCUAUUGGACCAGAUGGAGAGGUGAUUCCAACCGAUGCCAGUGGCAAACCACUUUCCAAAGACGGUUCUUCUCUUCCAACUGAUGCUUCUGGAAACUAUGUUCUUAUCCCAACUGAGGAAGACACCACCAAGGCUCUUCCAACAGAUGAGGCUGGUUUGGUUAUUUACCCAAUCGUAAACCCUGAUGGAACCCCGCUUGCAACUGAUUCGACUGGAGCGUUUGUGACACAAGAUGGAAGUACCAUUGACAAAGAUGAAGAUGGUAAACCACUUGGACCAGAUGGUUCAGUUCUUCCUACUGAUAACUCUGGAAACUACAUCUAUCCAGUGAUUGGACCAGACGGGCAACCUCUUCCAACGGAUGCUUCUGGAAAUCAAAUUUAUCCAGUACGUGGUCCUGAUGGAACCCCUCUUCCAACCGAUUCCGAUGGAAAUGUCAUUGGACCUGAUGGGGAACCAAUCUCAACUGAUGCAAGUGGAAAACCACUCGCUAAGGAUGGAUCACCGCUUCCAACGGACAACAAUGGACACUACAUUCUCGUUCCAACAGGAGACGAUACAACAAAGGCUCUUCCAACGGAUUCUGAAGGAAAUGUGGUCUACCCGAUCACGAAACCAGAUGGAACUCCACUUGGUACCGACUCAACUGGAAAGUUCAUCACUGAGGAAGGACAAGUUGUAGAAAUCGAUGAAGAAGGAAAACCAGUUGGCCCUGAUGGAGCAGUCCUCCCAACGGAUGCUUCUGGAAAUUACAUCUAUCCAGCUGUCGGACCAGAUGGACAAGUCUUACCAACUGAUUCUACUGGAAAGACUGUUUAUCCAGUUCGUGGACCUGAUGGAACCCCACUACCAACUGAUGCUUCUGGAGUUGUUAUUGGACCAGACGGAGAACCAAUCGUAACCGAUUCUAGUGGAAUUCCACUCGACAAAGAUGGUGCUCCACUUCCAACUGAUGCAUCUGGAAACUACGUUCUUGUUCCAGCUGGAGAAGAAGUCACUCAAGCUCUUCCAAUUGAUGUUUCUGAAGUUGUCAUCUCUCCGAUUAUUAUGCCAGAUGGAACACUUCUUGGAACUGAUUCUACUGGGGCUUAUGUAACCAACGAUGGCCAAAUUAUCGAAAAAGAUGAUGAAGGUAAACCAAUUGGACCAGACGGAAAGGUUCUUCCAACUGAUGCGUCAGGUAACUUUAUCUAUCCAGUUGUUGGACCAGACGGACAAGUCCUACCAACCGAUGCUUCUGGAAAACCAGUUCAUCCAGUUCGAGGACCGGAUGAAACACCACUCCCAACAGAUUCCGAAGGAAACGUCAUCGGACCAAAUGGAGAGCCAAUCCCAACUGAUGCAAGUGGAAAACCACUCUCCAAGGAUGGAUCUCCUCUCCCAACUGAUAACAAUGGGAACUACAUUCUUGUACCAUCAGAUGAAGAAGUUACCAAAGCAUUGCCAACGGAUGACUCUGGAAACGUUAUCUAUCCGAUAACCAAACCAAACGGAUCUCCACUCCCAACUGACACCAAUGGCGUAUUUGUAACCGAGAAUGGCGAUGUUAUUGAAAAAGAUGAGGACGGAAAGCCACUUGGACCAGAUGGAGAAGUUCUACCAACGGACGCCUCCGGAAAUUACAUCUAUCCAGAAAAUGGACCAGAUGGACAACCGUUACCAACAGACUCUGAAGGCCAAAAUGUAGAGCCUGAAAGCCCUAGUUCUAGUCCAGAUAGUCAGAUGUUGCCAACCGAUGCUUCUGGAAAGACUAUAUAUCCAGUGCAUGGACCAGAUGGACUUCCACUACCUACUGAUGAGAGCGGAGCAGCUAUCCGCCCAGAUGGAGAGCUGAUUCCAACUGAUGAAAGUGGAACACCGCUUGCUGAUGAUGGUUCCCCAUUACCUACGGAUGACGCCGGUCACUUUAUAUUUGUUCCAAGCCCUGAAAUUGCUACUACCCCUGAGGAUGCUGGACCGUCUUAUAUCAUCCGCCCAGUUGUCAGACCAGACGGAACUCCACUCUCAACUGAUUCUACCGGAACUUAUAUCACAGACGAUGGAGAAGUGAUUGAGCGAGAUGACGAAAGAAAACCAUUAGGACCAGAUGGAUCAGUUCUUCCGACUGAUGAUGAAGGAAAUUAUAUCUUUGUUACUUCCGAACAACCAACUGAGGAAACUGCCCUCGUCGCAACGCAUACUCCAAUCACUAAGCCUGAUGGAACAAUUUUGGGAACCGACUCUAGCGGACAUUUCCUGACUGAAAAUGGAGAUAUUAUUGCGAACGACAAUCAAGGUAGACCAAUUGAUAUCGACGGACAAGUUCUACCAACAGAUGCUUCUGGAAACUACGUCUAUGCUGAGAAAACAACACAAGGAGACACCGUUUUCAUUCCGACUGAAGUCGUUCCAAUUGCACAUGAAGAACCAAACUGUGACAAAGUCGAUGGACGUGUUGAAACUCUUCUCUUAGUUGUCGAGAGCUCUCACACAAGUGCUCCAUAUCUGGAUACUCUCAAGAAACUCAUCAAGAAUCUUUUGCUCACAACUCCAAGGGAGUUCCUUCCGAAAAUUGGAACGAUUAUUUACAGUGGCUCUAGUGAGAUCACAGUUGAUAUCGGAGAUUACGCAGACUUCAAAGAACUUUAUGAUUCUACGAAUGAGAUUCGAGAAAUCUCAGGAACUCCGGAUAUGACGAACGCGUUGUUUACGGCAAGAAAUGUUCUUAGUGGAAUCAAUAGAGGAGAAACAGUGGUUAUUCAUUUUUCGGCAUCCCCAAUGAGAACAAGCAGUAAAGCGAAUACGGACAGACUACGUGCUCUUCCGAAAACUCGCCUUGUUCAUUUGGAUGAACAACAAUGGGCAAAUGAUCCAAACGCUGUGGAUUUAUUGAGAAGCUAUCUCUGUAUCCCAACUGAUGGUGAGUUUUCAGACUCGAAAUUCUCGAUGAAGCUACUUUUUUUUUCAGUUCCAAGCCCAUCAAUGCUCCCAACGGAUGCUAGCGGAAAUCUAAUUGAUGUUUCAACUGAGGCACCAGUUACAGAUGGACCACCAACGGAUGCAGCUGGAUUUGUGAUCUACCCGAUCGUCAGACCUGAUGGUACUCCACUUGCAACCGAUUCAACCGGUGUCUUCGUUACUGACGAUGGAACUGUUAUUGAGAAAGAUGAUGAAGGAAAACCGAUCGGACCAGAUGGAGAAGUUCUUCCAACAGAUGCUUCCGGAAACUACAUUUAUCCAAUUAUUGGACCUGAUGGACAGCCACUGCCAACUGACUCAAAUGGUAAUCCGAUCUACCCAGUUCGUGGUCCAGGCGGUACUCCACUACCAACUGAUGCUUCCGGAGCUGUGAUUGGACCAGAUGGAGAGCCAAUUCCCACAGAUUCCAGUGGAAAACCACUCGCAAAGGAUGGAUCUCCCCUUCCAGUAGACAAUCAAGGAAACUAUGUUCUAAUCGCUACCGAAGAAACUGUUAGAGAAAGUUAUGCAACGGAUGAAACCGGAAAUGUGAUUUAUCCAAUUAUCAAUGCUGAUGGAUCCCCAGUGCCAACAGAUUCUGAAGGAAACUAUAUUACUGCUUCUGGAGAAGUCAUUGAAAGAAAUGAAGAAGGAAAACCAUUGGGACCAGACGGAUCAGUUCUUCCUACAGAUGCUUCUGGAAACUUCGUCCAUCCAGCAGAUUCUGAGGAAUCAGCUACUGAAACUCCAAUUAUCACUCAUGGACCAGAUGGACAAGUAAGUUUUUUUGUGAUGACAGUUUCAAUUUCUGUUUUUUUAAAGGUUCUACCAACUGAUGCUUCUGGAAAGCCAAUAUAUCCAGUUCGUGGACCGGACGGAACCCCACUACCAACAGAUGCUUCUGGAGCUGUUAUUGGACCAGACGGAGAACCAAUCGUAACCGAUUCCAGUGGAAUUCCACUCGACAAAGGUGGUGCUCCACUUCCAACUGACGCAUCUGGCAAUUAUGUUCUUGUUCCAACUGAAGAUACUACAAAAACGGCCCCGACUAAUUCUGAAGGAAAUGUUGUUUAUCCAAUUACUAAACCAGAUGGUACCUCGCUUGGAACUGAUUCAACUGGAUCAUUCGUUACGGAUGACGGUCAGACAAUUGAGAGAGAUGAAGAUGGUAAACCACUGGGCCCAGAUGGCCAAGUUCUUCCAACAGACAACUCUGGCAACUACAUCUAUCCUAGCACCACACCAAAUGAGCAAACACUCCCAACGGAAGGUGCAUUCACUCACUAUGAAGUCCGUGGUCCUGACGGAACACCUCUUCCAACUGAUGAAUCUGGAAACGUCCUUGAUCUGGAUGGAGAACGUAUUCCAACAGAUUCCACGAGUGGCAUUCCACUUUCCAAAGAUGGAUCUCCUCUACCACCCGACAAUGAUGGUAAAUAUAUUCUUGUCCCAACAGAAGAGACCAUUAGGAAGAUUCUGCCAACGGAUGAAACUAAGGAAGAAACAGUUUAUCCAGUUGUACAACCGGAUGGAACUCCUAUGGGAACUGAUUCAACUGGAAACUAUGUGACUACUACCGGAGAAAUUAUUGAAAAAGAUGGUGAAGGAAAACCACUUGGUCCAGAUGGAUCAGUUCUUCCAACCGACGGAUCUGGUAAUUACAUCUAUCCAGCAAUUGGGCCAGACGGUGAACCAUUGGCCACUGAUGCAUCUGGAAAAACCGUGUAUCCGGUACAUGGAUCAGAUGGAAGUCCGCUUCCAACUGAUGCUUCCGGUGCCGUCAUUGGACCAGAUGGAGAGCCAAUUCCAACAGAUGCGAGUGGAAAACCAUUGGCUAAAGAUGGAUCCCCACUUCCAACUGAUGCUUCUGGAAACUAUGUUCUUAUUCCAUCAGAUGAAGAAACUACCAAAGCUCUUCCAACUGAUGAUUCUGGAAACGUUAUCUAUCCAAUCACUAGGCCAGAUGGAACUCUAUUAGGAACAGAUUCAUCAGGAAACUUUGUAGCAGAUGAUGGUCAGAUUGUGGAACGAGACGAGAGUGGAAAGCCGAUGGGUCCAGAUGGACAGGUUCUUCCCACUGACGACUCCGGAAACUACAUCUAUCCAGCAGUCGGACCAGACGGUCAAACAUUAGCCAAUGUUUCUACUAUUCAACAUGUGUAUUCAGUGCAUGGAUCAGAUGGAUCUCCACUCCCAACUGAUGCUUCUGGAGCUGUAAUUGGACCAGACGGAGAACCAAUUUCUACGGAUGCUAGUGGAAUUCCACUUGACAAAGACGGCUCACCACUUCCAACUGAUGCAUCUGGAAACUACAUUCUUGUUCCAGCCGGAGAAGAUGUUGUGAAAACUCCACCAACCGAUGGAAAUGGAGUGAUUAUCUAUCCGAUUGUGCAACCUGACGGAACCCCACUCAAAACUAAUUCAGACGGAAACUAUGUUACUGCUACUGGAGAUGUGAUUGAGAGAGACGAAGAAGGCAAACCACUUGGACCAGAUGGAUCACUACUACCUACAGACGAUUCUGGAAAUUAUAUAUAUCCAGCUGUCGGACCAGAUGGACAACCUUUGGCAACUGAUUCCACUGGAAAAACAGUUUAUCCAGUUCGUGGUCCAGACGGUACCCCACUUCCAACUGACGCUUCUGGAGCUGUCAUUGGACGAGAUGGAAAACCAAUUCCAACCGACGCCGAUGGCAAGCCAUUGGGUAAGGACGGAUCCCCAUUGCCAACCGAUAACCAAGGAAACUAUGUGCUUGUUCCAACUGAUGAAGACACGAUUGAAACUCUCCCAACGGAUGAGUCAGGAAACGUUAUCUAUCCGAUUACCAAGCCAGAUGGAACUCCUCUUGGAACCGAUUCCACUGGUAAACUUGUCACCGAUGACGGACAAGUUGUAGAAAUCGAUGAUGAAGGAAAGCCUGUUGGCCCCGAUGGAGCUGUCCUUCCUACUGACGCUGCCGGAAAUUACAUCUAUCCGUUUGUUGGACCAGACGGGCAAGUCUUGCCAACCGAUGCUUCUGGAAAACCAGUUUAUCCAGUUCGAGGACCAGAUGGAACACCACUCCCAACUGAUUCCGAAGGAAACGUCAUUGGACCAGAUGGAGAGCCGAUCCCAACAGAUGCUAGUGGAAAACCACUUUCCAAGGACGGAUCCCCACUUCCAACUGAUGACAAUGGAAACUAUGUUCUUGUUCCAACUGGAGGAGAUGUUACCGAAUCUCUUCCAACUGAUGACAGUGGAAACGUUAUCUACCCGAUCACCAGACCAGAUGGAACACCACUAGCGACCGAUUCUUCAGGAAACUUCAUAGCUGAUGAUGGUCAGAUUGUUGAAAAAGAUGAGAGCGGAAAACCAAUGGAUCCAGAUGGACAAGUACUUCCUACUGAUUCAUCCGGCGCAUACAUCUACCCACAAAUCCUGACGGACGAAGCAAGCACUCUGAAACCAUCCUAUCCAGUGCACGGAUCCGAUGGAACUCCACUCACAACUGAUGCUUAUGGAGCUGUUAUUGGACCAGAUGGAGAACCGAUUCCAACUGAUGCUAGCGGAAUUCCACUUGACAGAGAUGGAUCUCCAUUACCAACGGAUGACGAAGGAAAUUAUAUUUAUGUUGCAACUGAUAUUCCAACCGAAGAAACAACUGACAGCCCAAUAGUAAUCACUAGACCAGAUGGAACUCCACUUGGAACUGAUUCAACUGGAAACUUCAUUACCGAAAACGCCGAUAUCAUUGAAAAGGAUGAUGAGGGAAAACCAAUUGGACCAGAUGGACAGGUGCUUUCCACGGAUUCAACUGGAAACUACAUCUAUCCAGUGAUUGGACCAGACGGACAAGUAUUGCCAACCGAUUCUACUGGAAAGACUGUCUAUCCAGUUCGUGGUCCUGACGGUACCACACUUCCAACUGACGCUUCUGGUGCUGUAAUUGGACCAGAUGGAGAACCAAUUCCAACCGAUGCCAGUGGCAAACCACUUUCCCAGGAUGGAUUCCCAUUGCCAACUGAUAACCAAGGAAAUUAUGUUCUUGUUCCAACUGGAGAAGAUGUUACCAAAUCUCUUCCAACUGAUGAUUCUGGAAACGUUAUCUAUCCAAUCACUAGACCAGAUGGAACUCCACUUGGAACUGAUGCUUCAGGAAACUAUGUUACCGAUGAAGGAGAGACCAUCGACAAGAAUGAGGAUGGCAAAUCAAUUGGACCAGAUGGACAGAUUCUGCCGACUGACGCCACAGGAAACUACAUUUAUCCAGUUGUUGGGCCAGACGGACAAGUCCUACCAACCGAUGCUUCUGGAAAACCUAUGUAUCCAGUUCGUGGAUCAGAUGGAACUCCUCUCCCUACAGAUUCAGACGGUAAUGUAAUUGGACUUGACGGAGAGGCGAUUGCUACUGAUUCGAGCGGAAAGCCUCUUUCUAAGGAUGGAUCCCCACUUCCAACUGACACUUCUGGAAACUAUGUUCUUGUUCCCACUGAUGAAGAAACCAUCAAGACUUUGCCAACUGAUGAUUCUGGUAAUGUCAUACAUCCGGUGACUAGACCUGAUGGCACGCCAUUGGGAACGGACUCUACUGGAGUAUUCGUUACUGAUGAUGGACAGGUGGUAGAGAAAGAUGAGGAUGGAAAACCAAUUGGCCCAGAUGGAUCUGUACUACCAACCGAUGACUCAGGAAACUACAUCUAUCCAGCUGUUGACCCAGAUGGACAAGUAUUGCCAACCGAUGCCUCUAGAAAACCAAUCUACCCUGUACAUGGAGCAGAUGGAACUCCACUUCCAACUGAUUCCGACGGAAACGUUAUCGGACCUGACGGAGAACCAAUUCCAACGGAUGCCAGCGGCAAACCACUCGCCAAAGAUGGAUCUUCACUUCCAACUGAUGCAUCUGGAAACUUUGUUCUUGUUCCAUCCGAUGAAGUUACGACUAAAGUCCUCCCUACAGAUUCUGAAGGAGCUGAAGUAUACCCAGUAAUCAAUCCAGACGGUACUCCGCUUGCCACUGACUCGACAGGAAAGUUUGUUACUGAAGAUGGGCAAAUCAUUGAAACGGACGAAGAAGGAAAACCAGUUGGACCCGACGGCCAAGUUCUCCCAACUGAUGCUUCAGGAAACUACAUCUAUCCAGUUGUUGGACCAGAUGGACAAGUAUUGCCAACUGAUUCCAAUGGAAACCCUAUUUAUCCCGUAUUUGGUCCAGAUGGAACCCCACUAUUAACUGAUGCUACUGGCGCUGUCAUCGGACCAGAUGGAGAACCAAUUCCAACCGAUGAGAGUGGAAAGCCACUUUCCAAGGAUGGGUCCCCAUUGCCAACUGACAACAACGGUAACUACGUUCUUGUUCCGACAGGAGAGGAUACAACAAAGGAUCUCCCAACUGAUUCUGCAGGAAAUGUGGUCUACCCAAUCACGAAACCAGAUGGAACUUCACUUGGAACUGACUCAACUGGUAAGUUCAUCACUGAGGAAGGACAAGUUGUGGAAAUCGAUGACGAAGGAAAACCAGUUGGUCCUGAUGGAGCAGUUCUCCCAACGGAUGCUUCUGGAAACUAUAUUUAUCCAGCUGUCGGACCAGAUGGACAAGGCUUACCAACUGAUUCUACUGGAAAGACUGUUUAUCCAGUUCAUGGACCUGAUGGAACUCCUCUUCCGGCUGAUGGCUCUGGAGCUGUCAUUGGACCAGACGGCGAACCAAUUUCUACUGAUGCCAGUGGAGUCCCCCUUGAUAAAGAUGGAUCUCCACUUCCAACCGACAAUCAAGGCAAUUAUGUUAUUCUGCCUUCUGAUGAUAAGAAAGGACCAACUAAAUGUGAUAUUGCUCAUUCUUUAUCUGAUGUCAUCUUUGUUCUUGUCAAUGAUGGUGACGGCUCGCAAAACUAUGAACAAUUCCGAAAGACGGUUGUUGGAUUCUCGAAAAAGGUCGACAUGUCUCCAGAUGUUGUUCGUCUGGCUGUUCUCUCUGUCGGCAGUGAAAUCGCUGUUCCACUUCCACUUGGAGGAUAUCAAGAGAAGGAACAUCUCAACUCGAUUUUAGCUUCAUUCCAGCUUCCACCAACCAUUGGAACCGAAAUUCUUUCACCAGUCGAAGCUGCCAACCAGCAAUUCUCCAGCUUCCCAAGAACAGGAAUCUCCAAAAUGGUUGUUAUUUUUGCCGAUAACGAAGAAAGAACAACACAAAUCGGAGGAGCGACAUACGUCACAGUCAAGUAUGGAACAACCCCAAAAGAAAUCAUUGGCACAUUGACUGAAGCUUGCCAGAAAGGAACUGUUGAUAUUGUUCCAGAUGACACAAAACAAGUAAUUGACAAUACAGUUCAUUCGACUUCAUCCACUCCUGUGAUUGUUGAUCAAAGUGGAAAACCGCUUCCAACAGAUGCAACUGGAAACUAUUUGGAUAAUAACGGAAAUCCGAUCGUUAUUGAAAGUAAUGAACCAACUGGACCAGAAGAUCAGAAGUUGAGUAAGAACGAAAAAGGAGAAUGGAUUUAUCCAUUGGUUGAUAAGUCUGGAAAACCAAUUGCUACUGAUGAAAAUGAUAAGCCAGUGAUUACUGUAAUUGACAACGAUGGAAAUGAAUUAUCAAAGAAUGAUGAUGGAAAUUGGAUCGAUUUAUCUGGAAAUGAAAUUGAUACAGAUGAACUUGGAAGACCAUUGGAUUCAGAAGGAAAACCAUAUGAAUUUGAUAAUGAUGGACGUGUUGUUAUUGUUCCGGAAGUAGAAGAAGAUGCAACUCCAGCUAUUCCAUUUAUUAUUGUUGAUGGAGAACCAAUUAAUGAAAUUGAUGGACAAUACACUGAUAGUGAUGGAAAUGUCAUUGAAACGAAUUCUGAUGGAUUACCAAUUGAUGAGAAUGGACAAGUACUUCCAAAGAACCAAGAUGGAGAGUAUGUGAAGCCAAAGACUGUUGGAACUACACAAGCAUCAAUUGUAUCUCCUGAUGGAACUCCACUUCCAACUGAUGCUUCUGGAUCUGUUAUCGGAUUAGAUGGAGCACCAAUUCUAACAGAUUCUAGUGGAAAACCAUUGGCUAAAGAUGGAUCUCCACUUCCAACUGAUAAUCAAGGACGUUAUGUUCUUGUUCCAGCAUCUAAAGACACCUUCGAUAGUACAUUGCCGACAGAUUCAGCAGGAAAUGUUAUCCACCCUGUUGUCAAUCCAGAUGGAACACUUUUGUCUACCGACUCAUCCGGAAACUUCAUUACCCAAACUGGUGAUAUCAUUGAGAGAGAUGAUGAAGGAAAACCAGUGGGGCCAGAUGGUUCAGCUCUUCCAACAGAUGCUUCAGGAAACUACAUCUAUCCAGUUGUUGGACCGGAUGGACAAGUUUUACCAACUGAUUCCAAUGGAAACCCUAUUUAUCCCGUAUUCGGACCAGACGGAACCCCACUAACCACCGAUGCUUCAGGAGUUGUGAUCGGUCCUGAUGGAGAGCCAGUACCAACUGAUUCGAGUGGAAAACCAUUGGCCAAAGAUGGAUCACCACUUCCCAAAGAUGCUUCUGGUAAUUACGUUCUUGUUUCAACUGAUGAAGAUACCACCAAAGCACUACCAACUGAUGAGGCAGGAAAUCUUAUCUACCCGAUCACGCGACCAGAUGGAUCACUUUUCGGAACCGACUCGACUAGUGAACACAUCACAGACGAUGGACAAUUAAUCGAAAAAGACGAAGAUGGAAAACCAAUUGGUCCUGAUGGAUCAGUUCUUCCAACUGAUGCUUCAGGAAACUACGUGUAUCCAGCUGUUGGGUCAGACGGCCGAGUGUUGCCAACCGACGCUUCUGGCAAGCCAAUCUAUCCAGUUCGUGGACCCGAUGGAAGCCCACUUCCAACUGGCGCUUCCGGAGCUGCAAUUGGACCAGAUGGAGAACCAAUCCAAACGGAUGCCAACGGAAAACCAUUGGCUAAAGACGGAUCUCCCCUGCCAACUGAUGUCUCUGGAAAUUUUGUUAUUGUGUCAUCAGAUGAAGUUUUAACAAAGAGUGCACCAACUGAUUCUGAAGGAAAUGUCAUUUAUCCAAUCACUAAUCUAGAUGGAACUCCACUUGGAACUGAUUCUUCGGGUGCUUUCGUCACUCAAGAUGGAACUGUAAUUGAGAAGAAUGAAGAUGGAAAACCAGUCGGACCAGAUGGACAAGUAAGUGACUACACUUUUUCGAUUAUAGAGGUUCUGCCAACUGACGAUUCCGGAAAUUAUAUCUAUCCGGCUAUUGGACCAGAUGGACAAGUUUUGGCAACCGACGCUUCUGGCAAACCGAUCUAUCCAGUGCGUGGACCAGACGGUACCCCACUUCCAACUGAUGCUUCUGGCGCUGUCAUUGGACCUGAUGGAGAACCGAUUCCAACUGAUGAGAGUGGAAAGCCACUAUCCAAGGAUGGAUCCCCAUUGCCAACUGACAACAACGGAAACUACAUUCUUGUUCCAAGAGGAGACGAUACAACAAAGACUCUUCCAACUGAUUCUGAAGGAAACGUGGUCUACCCAAUCACGAAACCCGAUGGAAUUCCACUUAGAACUGAUUCAACUGGAAAGUUCAUCACUGAGGAAGGAAAAGUUGUGGAAAUCGAUGAGGAAGGAAAACCAGUUGGCCCCGACGGCCAAGUACUCCCAACUGAUGCUUCUGGAAACUACAUCUAUCCAGUUGUUGGACCAGAUGGACAAGUAUUGCCAACUGAUUCUACUGGAAAGACUGUUUAUCCAGUUCGUGGAUCUGAUGGAACACCAUUGCCUACUGAUGCUUCUGGAGCAGUUAUUGGAUCAGACGGAGAACCAAUUCCAACUGAUGCUAGUGGCAAACCACUUUCCCAGAAUGGAUCCCCAUUGCCUACUGAUAACAAUGGAAACUAUGUUCUUGUUCCAACUGGAGAAGAUGUUACCAAAGCUCUUCCAACUGAUGAUUCUGGAAACGUCAUCUAUCCAAUCACCAGACCAGAUGGAACUCCACUUGGAACUGAUGCUUCUGGAAACUUUGUUACCGAUGAAGGGGAGAGCAUUGACAAGAAUGAGGAGGGAAAACCAAUUGGACCAGAUGGGCAGAUCCUGCCAACCGAUGCUGACGGAAAUUAUAUCUAUCCGGCUGUUGGACCAGACGGACAAGCAUUGCCAACGGAUACUUUUGGAAAAACUGUCUAUCCAGUUCAUGGAUCUGACGGUACACCACUUUCAACCGAUGCUUCUGGAGCUGUCAUUGGACCAGAUGGAGAAUCAAUUCCAACCGAUGCCAGUGGGAAACCACUUUCCAAGGAUGGAUCCCCACUUCCAACUGAUGCAUCUGGAAACUAUGUUCUCAUCCCUACCGAGGAAGACACCACCAAGACUCUUCCUACGGAUGAUUCUGGUAUUGUCAUUUAUCCAAUCACAAGACCAGAUGGAACUCCACUUGGAACGGACUCGACUGGUGCUUAUGUUACUGAUGAUGAUCAAGUCAUUGAAAAGAACGAAGAUGGAAAACCAUUUGGACCAGAUGGUCAGGUACUUCCAACUGAUGCUUCUGGAAACUACAUUUAUCCAGUGACUGGAUCAGAUGGACAAGUUCUCCCAACUGAUUCUGGUCUUCCUGUGAUUGUUGAUCAAAGUGGAAAACCACUUCCAACAGAUAAGUUGAGUAAGAACGAAAAAGGAGAAUGGGUUUAUCCAUUGGUUGAUAAGUCUGGAAAACCAAUUGCUACUGAUGAAAAUGAUAAGCCAGUGAUUACUGUAAUUGACAACGAUGGAAAUGAAUUAUCAAAGAAUGAUGAUGGAAAUUGGAUCGAUUUAUCUGGAAAUGAAAUUGAUACAGAUGAACUUGGAAGACCAUUGGAUUCAGAAGGAAAACCAUAUGAAUUUGAUAAUGAUGGACGUGUUGUUAUUGUUCCGGAAGUAGAAGAAGAUGCAACUCCAGCUAUUCCAUUUAUUAUUGUUGAUGGAGAACCAAUUAAUGAAAUUGAUGGACAAUACACUGAUAGUGAUGGAAAUGUUAUUGAAACGAAUUCUGAUGGAUUACCAAUUGAUGAGAAUGGACAAGUACUUCCAAAGAACCAAGAUGGAGAGUUUGUGAAGCCAAAGACUGUUGGAACUACACAAGCGUCAAUUGUAUCUCCUGAUGGAACUCCUCUUCCAACUGAUGCUUCUGGAUCUGUUAUCGGAUUAGAUGGAGAACCAAUUCCAACAAAUUCUAAUGGAAAACCAUUGGCUAAAGAUGGAUCUCCACUUCCAACUGAUAAUCAAGGACGAUAUGUUCUUGUUCCGUCCGAUGACUCCACCACAAAAACACUUCCAACUGAUGAGACUGGAAACACUAUUUUCCCAAUCACAAGACCAGACGGAACACUUCUUGCAACUGAUUCAACUGGAGAACAUGUUACUGACGAUGGACAAGUAAUCGAAAAAGACGAAGAAGGAAAACCAAUUGGUCCUGAUGGUUCAGUUCUUCCAACUGAUGCCUCCGGCCAUUACAUUUAUCCAGCUGUUGGGCCAGACGGUCAAGUAUUGCCAACCGAUGCCUCUGGAAAACCAAUCUACCCUGUACGUGGACCGGAUGGAGCUCCACUUCCAACUGAUUCCGAAGGAAACAUCAUCGGACCAGACGGAGAACCAUUUCCAACGGAUGCCAGCGGCAAACCCCUCUCCAAAGAUGGAUCUCCAUUCCCAACUGAUGCUUCCGGUAACUACAUCCUUGUUCCAGCAGAAGAAGAAACCACUAAGACUCUUCCAACUGAUUCUGAAGGAAACUUGGUUUAUCCAAUCACAAGACCAGAUGGAACCCCACUAGGAACCGACUCAACUGGUGCUUUUGUCACUCAAGAUGGUAGUGUCAUUGAGAAAGAUGAGGAUGGCAAACCAGUCGGACCAGAUGGACAGGUAAUUGAAAAAUUUUCUACUGCGGUCCCAAAAAAGCAAGAAUCUCCAAGACAAUUUCAUUCGCAAACUAUUACGAAAUACUUAAUUCAGGUACUUCCCACUGAUGACUCAGGAAAUUACAUCUAUCCAGUUGUUGGACCAGACGGACAAGUAUUGCCAACUGAUUCCACUGGAAAGACUGUUCAUCCAGUUCGCGGACCAGAUGGAACACCGCUUCCAACUGAUGCUUCUGGAGCAGUUAUUGGACCAGACGGAGAACCAAUUCCAACCGAUGCCAGUGGCAAACCACUUUCCCAAGAUGGAUCCCCAUUACCAACUGAUAACGAAGGAAAUUACGUUCUUGUUCCAACAGAAGACGAUUCAGCGAAGGCUCUUCCAACUGAUGAUUCUGGAAACGUCAUCUAUCCAAUCACUAGACCAGAUGGAACACCACUUGGAACUGAUGCUUCAGGAAACUUUGUUACCGAUGAAGGGGAGAGCAUUGACAAGAAUGAGGAUGGCAAACCAACUGGACCAGAUGGGCAGGUCCUGCCAACCGAUGCUGACGGAAACUACAUCUACCCAGCAGUAGGACCAGAUGGACAAGUCCUACCAACAGACGAUUCUGGAAAACCUGUGUACCCAGUUCACCGAUCUGACGGUGCUCCACUUCCAACUGAUGCUUCGGGAGCUGUUAUUGGACCAGACGGAGAACCAAUCCCAACGGAUGCCAGCGGCAAACCACUUGCCAAAGAUGGAUCUCCAUUGCUAACUGAUGCUUCCGGCAACUACAUCCUUGUUCCGUCCGACGAAGAAACUCCCAAAGCUCUUCCAACGGAUUCUGAAGGAAAUGUCGUUUAUCCAAUCACUAAUCCAGAUGGAACUCCACUUGGAACUGAUUCUUCUGGCGCUUACGUAUCUCAAGAUGGAAGUGUCAUCGAGAAAAUUGAAGAUGGAAAACCAGUUGGACCAGAUGGACAGGUACUGCCAACUGAUGCCUCAGGAAAUUACAUCUAUCCAGUUGUUGGACCAGAUGGACAAGUAUUGCCAACUGAUGCUACUGGAAAGACUGUUUAUCCGGUUCGUGGACCUGAUGGAACACCAUUGCCUACUGAUGGCUCUGGAGCGGUCAUUGGACCAGAUGGAGAACCAAUUCCAACGGAUCCAAGCGGAAAACCUUUGUCUAAGGAUGGAUCUCCACUUCCAACUGACGCUUCUGGUAACUACAUUCUUGUUCCAGCAGAAGAAGAAACCACCAAGACUCUUCCAACGGAUUCUGAAGGAAAUGUCAUUUAUCCAAUCACUAAUCCAGAUGGAACACCACUUGGAACUGAUUCUUCGGGUGCUUUCGUCACUCAAGAUGGAACUGUAAUUGAGAAGAAUGAAGAUGGAAAACCAGUCGGACCAGAUGGACAGCAUGUGUAUCCAGUUCGUGGUCCAGAUGGUACUCCACUUCCAACCGAUGCUUCUGGCGCUGUCAUUGGACCAGAUGGAGAACCAAUUCCAACCGAUGCCAGUGGCAAACCACUUUCCCAGGAUGGAUCUCCAUUACCAACUGAUAACCAAGGAAAUUAUGUUCUUGUUCCAACUGGAGAAGAUGUUACCAAAUAUCUUCCAACUGAUGAAUCUGGAAACGUCAUCUAUCCAAUCACUAGACCAGAUGGAACUCCACUCGGAACUGAUGCUUCAGGAAACUUUGUUACCGAUGAUGGUACCGUUGUUGAAAAGGACGACGAAGGAAAACCAGUAGGCCCUGAUGGUGCUGUUCUCCCAACCGAUGCUGACGGAAAUUAUAUCUAUCCGGCUGUUGGACCAGACGGACAAGUAUUGCCAACGGAUGCUUCUGGAAAAACUGUCUAUCCAGUUCAUGGAUCUGACGGUACACCACUUCCAACCGAUGCAUCUGGAGCUGUCAUUGGACCAGAUGGAGAACCAAUUCCAACCGAUGCCAGUGGGAAACCACUUUCCAAGGAUGGAUCCCCACUUCCAACUGAUGCAUCUGGAAACUAUGUUCUCAUCCCUACCGAGGAAGACACCACCAAGACUCUUCCUACGGAUGAUUCUGGUAUUGUCAUUUAUCCAAUCACAAGACCAGAUGGAACUCCACUUGGAACGGACUCGACUGGUGCUUAUGUUACUGAUGAUGAUCAAGUCAUUGAAAAGAACGAAGAUGGAAAACCAUUGGGGCCAGAUGGUCAGGUACUUCCAACUGAUGCUUCUGGAAACUACAUUUAUCCAGUGACUGGAUCAGAUGGACAAGUUCUCCCAACUGAUGCUGGUCUUCCUGUGAUUGUUGAUCAAAGUGGAAAACCGCUUCUAACAGAUGCAACUGGAAACUAUUUGGAUAAUAACGGAAAUCCGAUCGUUAUUGAAAGUAAUGAACCAACUGGACCAGAAGAUCAGAAGUUGAGUAAGAACGAAAAAGGAGAAUGGGUUUAUCCAUUGGUUGAUAAGUCUGGAAAACCAAUUGCUACUGAUGAAAAUGAUAAGCCAGUGAUUACUGUAAUUGACAACGAUGGAAAUGAAUUAUCAAAGAAUGAUGAUGGAAAUUGGAUCGAUUUAUCUGGAAAUGAAAUUGAUACAGAUGAACUUGGAAGACCAUUGGAUUCAGAAGGAAAACCAUAUGAAUUUGAUAAUGAUGGACGUGUUGUUAUUGUUCCGGAAGUAGAAGAAGAUGCAACUCCAGCUAUUCCAUUUAUUAUUGUUGAUGGAGAACCAAUUAAUGAAAUUGAUGGACAAUACACUGAUAGUGAUGGAAAUGUUAUUGAAACGAAUUCUGAUGGAUUACCAAUUGAUGAGAAUGGACAAGUACUUCCAAAGAACCAAGAUGGAGAGUUUGUGAAGCCAAAGACUGUUGGAACUACACAAGCAUCAAUUGUAUCUCCUGAUGGAACUCCACUUCCAACUGAUGCUUCUGGAUCUGUUAUCGGAUUAGAUGGAGCACCAAUUCCAACAGAUUCUAGUGGAAAACCAUUGGCUAAAGAUGGAUCUCCACUUCCAACUGAUAAUCAAGGACGAUAUGUUCUUGUUCCGUCCGAUGACUCCACCACAAAAGUACUUCCAACUGAUGAGACUGGAAACACUAUUUUCCCAAUCACAAGACCAGACGGAACACUUCUUGCAACUGAUUCAACUGGAGAACAUGUUACUGACAAUGGACAAGUAAUCGAAAAAGACGAAGAAGGAAAACCAAUUGGUCCUGAUGGAUCAGUUCUUCCAACUGAUGCUUCCGGAAAAUACAUUUAUCCAGCCGUUGGACCAGACGGUCAAGUAUUGCCAACCGAUGCCUCUGGAAAACGAAUAUACCCUGUACAUGGAGCAGAUGGAACUCCACUUUCAACUGAUUCCGAAGGAAACAUCAUCGCACCUGACGGAGAACCAAUUCCAACCGAUGCCAGCGGCAAACCACUUGCCAAAGAAGGAUCUCCAUUGCCAACUGAUGCUUCCGGUAACUACAUAUUGGUUCCGUCUGACGAAGAAACGACUAAAGCUCUUCCAACGGAUUCUGAAGGAAAUGUCAUUUUUCCAAUCACUAAUCCAGAUGGAACUCCACUGGCCACUGAUUCUUCGGGUGUUUUUGUCACUCAAGAUGGGAGUGUCAUCGAGAAGAAUGAAGAUGGCAAACCAGUUGGACCGGAUGGACAGGUUCUGCCAACUGAUGCUUCUGGAAACUAUAUUUACGCCACAGACGGUGAUAAGCAAAUAAAUCCAACAGACGCCUCAGGAAACUUGAUUUACCCAAUAAUUGCUCCGGAUGGAUCGGUGAUCGAGGGUCCAGAAAAGCCAGCAGAGCCAGUUGGUCCUGAUGGAAAAGUUUUGCCAACCGACGAUGAAGGAUAUUUUAUUGACAUGGAUGGACAAAGACUUCCGACAGAUUCGGUUGGACUUGUUGUGUAUCCCGUUACCAAUCCAGAUGGUUCUCCUGUGGGAACUGACUCGAUUGGAGCAUAUGUUACUCAAGACGGAAAGGUUAUCGAGAAGAACGAAGACGGAAAACCGGUUGGACCUGAUGGACAAGUGCUCCCAACCGAUGAAUCAGGAAACUUCAUCUAUCCCGUUAUUGGACCAGAUGGACAAGUAUUGGCUACAGAUUCAACUGGAAAAACGGUUUACCCAGUCCGUGAUCCAGAUGGAACGCCAAUCCCAACUGAUGCUUCUGGAGCGGUCAUUGGACCAGAUGGAGAACCAAUUCCAACCGAUACCAGUGGCAAACCACUUUCCCAGGAUGGAUCCCCGAGGCCUACAGACAACCAAGAAAAUUACGUUCUUGUUCCAACCGGAGACGAUGUUACCAAAACACUCCCAACUGAUGGCGAAGGAAACAUCAUCUAUCCAAUCACCAGACCAGAUGGAUCAUUACUUGGAACUGACUCUACUGGAAAGUUCAUCACUGAUGACGGUAUAAGGGUGGAAGUUGAUGACGAAGGAAAACCAGUUGGUCCAGAUGGUUCGGUUCUUCCAACUGAUGCUUCAGGAAACUACAUAUAUCCAGCUAUCGGCCCAGAUGGACAAGUGGUGCCAACCGAUGCUUCAGGAAAACCAAUCUAUCCAGUCCGCGGACCAGAUGGAACUCCACUUCCAACUGAUUAUAAAGGAAACGUCAUCGGACCAGAUGGAGAACCAAUUCCAACUGAUACGAGCGGAAAGCCACUCUCCAAGGAUGGAUCCCCAUUGCCAACAGAUAACCAAGGCAAUUAUGUACUCGUCCCAAUUGGAGAAGAUGUUACCGAAGCUCUUCCAACUGACGAGGCUGGAAACAUCAUUUAUCCGAUCGUCAAACCAGAUGGAAAACUCCUUGCGACUGAUACUACAGGAGCCUUCGUAACAGACGAUGGGGAAAUAAUUGAAAGAGAUGAAGAAGGAAAACCAGUUGGUCCAGACGGCUCAGUUCUCCCAACCGACGCAUCCGGAAACUACAUCUACCCAGCUGUAGGACCAGAUGGACAAGUCCUACCAACAGACGGAACUGGAAAGCAUGUGUAUCCAGUUCGUGGUCCAGAUGGUACUCCACUUCCAACCGAUGCUUCUGGAGCUGUUAUUGGUCCAGAUGGAGAACCAAUUCCAACAGAUGCCAGUGGCAAACCACUUUCUAAGGAUGGAUCUCCAUUGCCAACUGAUGCUUCCGGCAACUACAUCCUUGUUCCAGCAGAAGAAGAAACAGCAAAGGCCCUACCAACAGAUUCCGAAGGAAACGUCAUUUAUCCAAUCACUAAUCCAGAUGGAACUCCACUUGGAACUGAUUCUUCGGGUGCUUUCGUCACUCAAGAUGGGAGUGUUAUUGAGCAGAACGAGGAUGGAAAACCAGUUGGACCGGAUGGACAGGUAGGAUUUCAUGUUCUCCCAACUGAUGAUUCUGGAAAUUACAUCUAUCCAGUUGUUGGACCGGAUGGACAAGUUUUGCCAACUGAUUCAACUGGAAAGACUGUUCAUCCAGUUAGUGGACCUGAUGGAUCACCAUUAUCUACUGAUGCUUCUGGAGCGGUCAUUGGACCAGACGGAGAACCAAUUCCAACGGAUCCAAGCGGAAAACCUUUGUCUAAGGAUGGAUCUCCACUUCCAACUGACGCUUCUGGUAACUACAUUCUUGUUCCAGCAGAUGAAUCAACUACAAAGGUCUUGCCAACAGACGGUGAUGGAAACGUUAUAUAUCCGAUUACUAAACCAGAUGGAACUCCACUUGGAACUGACUCUGAUGAACUUUUUAUAUCUGAAAAUGGUGAUGUUAUAGGCAGAGAUAACGAAGGUCGACCACUUGGACCCGACGGACAAGUUCUUCCAACUGAUGCUUCUGGUCAUUAUUUAUACUCGAUUACUGGCCCAGACGGACAAAUAUUACCAACCGAUGCAUCUGGAAAACCAAUUUAUCCAGUAUUCAAUGAAGAUGGUACCCAACUUCCAACUGAUUCUACUGGAUUCGCAAUUGGACCGGACGGGCAAUUUGUUGCAACUGAUUCAACUAGUGGUGUUCCUCUUGCCAAAGAUGGAUCUCCACUUUCAACUGAUGCAACUGGUCACUUUGUUCUUGUUCCUUCAGGCACCUUCACAAAAGAUUCACUUCCAACGGGUGACGCAGACGUUUUGCCAUCCAUUAAGAAGCCUGAUGGAACUCCUCUUGGAACUGAUUCUUCAGGAGAAUUUGUCACUGAUGAUGGAACCGUUGUUGAAAAGGACGACGAAGGCAAGCCAAUAGGCCCUGAUGGAGCUGUUCUGCCAACGGAUGAUUCCGGAAACUAUAUAUAUUCAGCUAUUGGCCCAGACGGACAAGUUUUGCCAACCGAUGCUUCGGGAAAACCAAUCUACCCAGUUCGUGGUCCAGACGGUACCCCACUUUCAACUGAUGCUUCUGGAGCUGUAAUCGGACCAGAUGGUGAACCAAUUCCAACCGAUACCAGUGGCAAACCACUUUCCCAGGAUGGAUCUCCAUUGCCUACUGACAUCCAAGGCAAUUAUGUGCUUGUUCCAACUGGAGAAUAUGUUACCAAGUCUCUUCCAACUGAUUCUGAAGGAAAUGUGGUCUACCCAAUCACUAGACCAGAUGGAACACCACUUGGAACAGACUCAACUGGGAAGUUUGUAGCUGAUGACGGUAAAAUCGUGGAAGUCGAUGACGAAGGAAAACCAGUUGGUCCAGAUGGCUCGAUUCUUCCAACUGAUGCUUCAGGAAACUACAUAUAUCCAGUUGUUGGACCAGACGGACAAGUUUUGCCAACCGAUGCUUCAGGAAAACCAAUCUACCCAGUCCGUGGUCCAGAUGGAACUCCACUUCCAACUGAUUCUGAAGGAAACGUUAUCGGACCAGAUGGAAAACUAAUUCCAACUGAUUCCAGCGGCAAACCACUUUCCAAGGAUGGAUCCCCACUACCAACUGACAACAACGGAAACUAUGUCCUAGGGUCAUCUGUGGAAGAUACUACCAAGGCACUCCCAACCGACGAAUCAGGAAAUAUCAUAUAUCCAAUCGUCAGACCAGACGGAACACUUCUCCCGACCGACUCAACUGGAGCCUUCCUCACUGAAGACGGCGAAUUUAUUGAACGUGAUGACGAAGGCAAACCAAUAGGCCCAGAUGGACAAAUUCUUCCAACUGAUGCUUCCGGAAAUUACAUCUAUCCAGCAGCAAGUUCUGAUGGACAAGUACUCCCAACCGAUGACGAAGGAGAAGUUAUUUAUCCAAUCACUAGCCCAGACGGAACUCCACUGGCCACUGAUUCAACAGGAAGAUUCGUUAAUGAAGACAGACAAGUGAUUGAGAGAGAUGAUACUGGAAAGCCAGUUGGUCCAGAUGGACAAGUAAGUGUUUCGUUUUUCUGUUCGAAUUUUUUCAUAAAAAGGAGAACAAUGCUUUCCGAUAUGUUUAAGACAUACAUAUCUUUGAAAUUGCAGGUUCUCCGAACUGAUGCUUUCGGAAACUACAUUUAUCCAGCAGUUGCACCGGACGGCCAACUUCUAGCAACAGACGCUUCUGGAAAACCAAUAUACCCUGUACGUGGACCAGAUGGAACUCUACUCCCAACUGAUUCCGAAGGAAACGUCAUUGGACCAGAUGGAGAACCAAUUCCAACUGAUGCAAGCGGAAAACCAUUGUCAAAGGAUUGGUCUAUUCUUCCAACUGAUAACAACGGAAACUACAUUCUUGUUCCAACUGGAGAAGAUGUUACCAAGACUCUUCCAACUGAUUCUGAAGGAAACGUGGCCUACCCAAUCACGAAACCAAAUGGAACUCCACUUGGAACCGACUCAACUGGAAAGUUCAUCACCGAGGAAGGACAAGUUGUACAAAUCGAUGAAGAAGGAAAACCAGUUGGCCCCGACGGCCAAGUUCUCCCAACGGAUGCUUCUGGAAAUUACAUCUACCCAGCUAUCGGACCAGAUGGACAAGUACUGCCAACUGACUCUACUGGAAAGACUGUUUAUCCAGUUCGUGGCCCAGACGGCACCCCUCUUCCAACUAAUGCUUCUGGCGCUGUCAUUGGACCAGAUGGAGAACCAAUUCCAACCGAUGCCAGUGGAAAGCCAUUGGCUAAGGACGGAUCCCCACUCCCAACCGACAAUGAUGGAAAUUACAUUUUGGUUUCAUCAGAUGAAUCAACUACGAAGGUCUUGCCAACUGAUUCUGAAGGAAACGUAAUCUAUCCGAUCACAAUGCCAGAUGGAACGCCAUUGGUAACUGAUUCAACUGGCGAGUAUUUGACAGAGGAUGGACAAGCUAUCGUGCGAGAUGACACUGGAAAGCCAUUAGGCCCAGACGGACAGGUAAUUUCUGAAACUUUGAAAAAGUUAAUGAGCGAAUUUAAGGUACUUCCAACUGAUGCUUCUGGAAACUACAUUUACCCAGUUGUUGGACCAGAUGGACAAGUACUUCCAACUGACUCUACAGGAAAGACAGUAUACCCAGUUCGCGGGCCUGAUGGAACUCCACUCUCAACUGAUGCUUCUGGAGCUGUUAUUGGACCAGAUGGAGAGCCGAUUCCAACUGAUGCUAGCGGAAAGCCAUUGUCUGAAGAUGGAUCUGUUCUCCCAACUGAUAACAACGGAAACUACAUUCUCGUUCCGUCAGAUGAAGCCACUUCUAAGAUUCUUCCGACAGAUGAAGAUGGAAAUGUCAUUUAUCCAAUCACAAGACCAGAUGGAACCCCACUAGGAACUGAUUCGACUGGUGCUUUUAUCACUCAAGAUGGAACUAAUAUCGAAAAAGAUGAAGAAGGAAAGCCGGUAGGACCUGACGGACAAGUCCUUCCGACAGACGAAUCUGGAAACUACAUUUAUCCAGUGAUUGGACCGGAUGGACAAGUACUUCCAACUGAUGCUACAGGAAAGACAGUAUACCCAGUUCGCGGACCAGAUGGAACUCCACUUCCAACUGACGCUUCCGGCGCUGCCAUAGGACCAGACGGAGAGCCGAUUCCUACUGAUUCCAGCGGAAAACCACUUUCCAAAGACGGAUCACCUCUCCCAACUGAUAACAACGGAAACUACAUCCUGGUUCCAUCUGUUGAAGAUAAAACCGGAGUAUAUCCAACAGAUGCAUCUGGAUAUGUUAUCUAUCCAAUCGUAAGACCAGAUGGAACACUUCUUGGAACUGAUUCGACUGGUGCUCAUAUCACUGAUGAUGGUGAAAUGAUCGAGAGAAAUGAGGAAGGUCGCCCAGUAGGACCAGAUGGAGAGACUCUCUCUGCAGAUGCUGCUGGAAAUUACAUUUAUCCCGCUGUUGGCCCAGAUGGUCAAGUAUUGUCAACCGAUGCUUCUGGAAAACCCAUAUACCCAGUGCGUGGACCAGAUGGAACUCCACUUCCAACUGAUUCCAAAGGAACCGUUAUCGGACCAAAUGGAGAACCAAUUCCAACAGAUUCGAGCGGAAAACCAUUGUCUAAGGAUGGAUCUCCACUUCCAACCGACAAUAAUGGAAAUUACAUUCUCGUUCCAACUGGAGAUGAAACCACCAAAACAUAUCCAACUGACAGCGAUGGUAAUUUCAUUUAUCCAAUCACAAAACCAGAUGGAACUCCACUUGGAACUGAUUCUUCUGGUGCUUUCAUCGCUCAAGAUGGAAGUGUUAUUGAGAAGAAUAAGGAUGGUAAACCAGUUGGACCAGAUGGACAAGUGUUGCCAACUGAUGAAUCAGGAAACUACAUUUAUCCAAUCACUGGCCCUGAUGGACAAGUUCUUCCAACUGAUGGUUCUGGUAAAUCUAUUUAUCUUGUUCAUGGACCCGAUGGAACUCCACUUCCAACGGAUGAAAUCGGUUCAGCUAUCGGUCCCGACGGAGAACUUGUUCCAACUGAUUCCAGUGGAAAACCACUAUCGAAGGACGGAUCUCCACUUCCUACAGACAACAAUGGAAAGUAUAUUUACGUGGUGUCUGACGAAUCUACCACCAAGAUUCUACCAACUGACGAAACCGGAAACGUUCUUCACCAUGUCACCAGAGCGGACGGAACUCUUCUGGGAACUGAUGCAUCUGGAGACUACGUUACUGAUAACGGACAAGUUGUACAAAAAGAUGACGAAGGAAAACCAAUCGGACCAGAUGGACAAGUACUUCCAACCGAUGACUCCGGCAGCUAUAUCUACCCGAUUACUGGCCCAGACGGACAAGUCUUGCCGACCGAUGCAUCUGGAAAGCCAGUUUAUCCAGUAUUCAAUGAAGAUGGUACUCAACUUCCAACUGAUCCCACUGGAUUUGCCAUUGGACCAGACGGAGAACUUGUUACAACUGAUUCAACUAGUGGUAUUCCUCUUGCCAAGGAUGGAUCUCCACUUCCAACUAAUGCUUCUGGUCAGUUCGUCAUUGUACCUGCUAAGGACACAACCAAAGCACUCCCAACAGAUGAAAACGGACUGAUCAUAUAUCCGAUCACAAGACCAAAUGGAACACUUCUUUCAACUGAUUCUACUGGAUCCUUCCUCACUGAUGAUGGAAAAUUGAUUGACAAGGACAGCGAAGGAAAACCGCUCGGACCGGAUGGAUCUGUUCUACCAACAAGUUCUUCUGGAAAUUACAUCUAUCCCGCUGUUGGACCAGAUGGACAAAUUCUUCCAACUGAUACCAGUGGAAAUGUCAUUUACCCGAUUUUCUAUCCAGAUGGAACACCACUUGGCACAGACUCCACUGGAUCAUUCAUCACCGAAGACGGAGAAGUAGUCGGAAAAGAUUCUGAAGGCAAACCAGUUGGACCAGACAACCAGGUUCUUCCAACUGAUGGCUCUGGAAAAUACAUCUAUCCAGCUAUCGAACCUGAUGGCGAAAUUUUGCCCACCGACGCUUCUGGCAAAUCAAUUCAUCCAGUCUACACUCCAGAUGGAACAAAAUUGCCGACAGAUGCUUCUGGAUCAGCAAUCGAUCCUGAUGGUCAGCUUGUACCAACAGAUGCUUCAGGAAAACCACUUGGAAAAGAUGGGUCAGUGCUUCCGACCGACAACAAUGGAAGAUUUGUUCUUGUUCACGGGGAUGGAGUCGUCACGAAGACAGUACCAACGGAUGAAUCUGGAAAGACUAUCUACCCAAUCACCCGACCAGAUGGUUCCCUACUUUCCACAGAUUCUACUGGAAUCUUCCUUACUGACGAUGGUCAUGUGAUUGAUAGAGAUGAAGAAGGAAAACCACUGGGACCAGAUGGUCAAAUUCUUCCAACUGAUGGAUAUGGUAACUUUGUUUAUCCAGCGGAAAGCGAUAUCGGAGGAGCCAAACUUCUCCCGACGGACGAAUAUGGACAUACCAUCUUCCCUGUCAUUCGUCCUGAUGGAUCUCUUCUUUCUACCGAAUCUUCAGGCUCAUUUGUUACUGACGAUGGCAAACUUGUCUCCAAAGAUGGACAAGGAAAACCAUUGGGUCCAGAUGGUCAAGUAUUGCCAACCGAUUCAGCCGGAAACUACAUCUACCCAUCAAUCGGGCCUGAUGGAUCGCCACUUCCAACUGAUGUCAACCGAAAACCAGUAUAUACUGUUAUCGGAAGAUAUGGAGAUGUCUUACCAACCGACUCUGAAGGACGAUCAGUGAAUAUCGAUGGAUCUGUUGUACCAACAGACGAGUCUGGACUUCCAAUCGAUCAAUAUGGAAUGGUUCUACCAACUGACACUACCAGAAAACUUCACACUCUUGUUCCAACGCGUCGUCCAUCUGAAUACUGCUACGUCACAUCGCAUAUUGAUCUUCUUCUUGUCAUCGACUCCUCCAACAAUAUCAAGGUUCUUGAUUACAGAGUCAUGAAGGAGCUGAUUAAGAACUUCCUCACUGAACACUUCAAUCUUCGUAAACAUCAAGUCCGUGUUGGACUCGUCAAGUACGGAGAUGGAUCAGAAAUUCCAAUUUCAUUGGGAGAUUACGAUAAUGAAGAUGAUCUGGUUCAUCGUAUAAGCGAGUCUCGUCGUCUCAAGGGACGUGCUCAACUCGGAGCAGGUCUUCGUGAGGCUCUCGAUGAGCUCUCGAUUUCUGGAGUUGAUGGAGUACCACAGAUUGUUUUGGUUGUAAAGAACGGAAAAGCCAGUGACGACUACUCAUCUGCUGUCAAAUCUCUGAAAUCUGAACGUAAUGUUACGAUAUUCGUGGUGGAUUCUGGAGAUGAUGAAAGCCAGGACCAGAAUUCGGAACUCACGGAUGCCGAUAAGAUCGUUGUUAUUCCACAAUGGCGUGGAGCUGAUUCUGAAGUUCUUGGACCCAUUGCUGACUACAUUUGCAAGAUCGUUCCAAAUGUCGAAAGUGCUCGCACCUGGCCAACGCCUCGCACAAAGGCAACAACUCUAGCUGGUUCUAGAAGAAGUUGCUCUACUAUCGACUACGAAUCUGACGUCAUCAUCGUGUUGGAUUCUUCCGAAAACUUCACUCCAGAUGAAUUCGAUAGCAUGAAGGACGCAGUUGCCAGCAUCGUAGACACAGGAUUUGAUCUUGCUCCAGAUGUUUCUAAGAUUGGUUUUGUCAUCUACAGUGACAAGGUCGCUGUUCCAGUGGCUCUUGGUCAUUAUGAAGAUAAGAUUGAACUACUCGAAAAGAUUGUGGAUGCUGAAAAGAUUAAUGAUGGAGUUGCAAUUGCUCUUUACGGAUUGAAUGCUGCUCGUCAACAAUUCCAACUUCAUGGACGUGAGAAUGCUACAAAGAUCGUUCUUCUCAUCACCAAUGGAAAGAAUAGAGGAAAUGCUGCAGCUGCUGCUGAAGAUCUCAGAGACAUGUAUGGAGUUCAACUCUUCGCUGUCGCUGUUGGAUCCAAUCCUGAUGAGCUUGCUACUAUCAAGAGACUAGUUGGAAACGCCAAUCCAGAUAAUGCGAUCGAAGUUGCACAGUCAACUGAAAUUGACGAUAACGCAGUUGGAAUUUUGAAGGCUGUCUGUGGGAACACAGCGCCAAAGAACUCAGAAAUGCCAGCUCAUUUGACGACGAAACGAGAUUUGGGAUCGCAAAAGUACACAACUGCUCCGAUGCUCCGAACAACUCGUGCAGUUUCUGGAGGACUUUGUAACGACGGAAUCAGAAGACCUUAUCAUAUUAACAUUCUGGUUGAUAUCACUUCUAGAGCCUCUUCGGAGGAAUUCGAACGUGUUCUUGAUCAUCUUGUUAACUUCUUCAAUGAUAGACUAAGAGAUGAACAACACAUGAUUACAAUUAACAUCAUCACCGUCAACAGCGAGAAGGUUCAGAAGAUUUCCAACAGCUUGCGUGUGGAUCAGCUCGCCGACGAGCUCAAUACAAUCAAACAGCAAGCCGAAGACAGCGUUUCACCAAAACUAGGUGCUGGAAUUGAUGCUCUCGUCGAGCUCUCGAGGGAGAAUUACAUCAAUGGAGCAGUCAAACUGAUGAUCAUUGUCAGUUCCGAUGGAACAUCAAGUGACGAUGCUCUCCCAGCUUCUGAAUACGCCAAUGGAGACUUCCAACAUAACAUCAUCGCCAUUUCCGUUAGAAAACCAGCCACUGAUCUUCUCUCCAAGGUCGCCGGGCUUCCAACCAGAGUGAUUCAUCUUGACCAAUGGUCUGCACCAAACGAGUUGUUCGACAGCUGGAUCGCCUACAUCACUUGUGAUUAUGCAACUGCAAGUACCACUCGUAAAUCGACAACUCCAAAAAUGACGACUCUUCUUCCAUUCGGACGUGACGCUUCUAAGGAAGAUGCCACCAACAUUGAACUUAUUCCACUGUCACCAUCAUCAAUCUCUGUGUCUUGGACAUGUUGUACCAACAACAAAUCGAACUACACGAUCCUGUACACACACGAUACCUCGAUUCCAAAGAAGAAAUGGCUCCGCAAAGAGGCAACAUGCCGUGACAGUUUCGGAACUCAUCUCGACAAUCUUCCAUCAGAUCACACCUACACAAUCUGCGUCAUGACAACGGAAAGAGUUGAAAAUUCCACUGCUUUGGCGAUUGACAAAAACUGCGAUAGAAUUCAUAUUGAUCUGAACACCACUGCUCCUGAAAACUACGUGAAACCAUCUCCAACAAGUUGCAACUGUCAAUGUUCUUCCGAAGGAAAAGCAGUUCUUCGUGCCACUUGUGAAAUGGUCAUUGACACGAAUCGUCCGAUUGCUACUCUUCCACCAGCAACUGUCGACGAGUGCCCAUGCAAAGUCAAGGCUCAUGGAGGACGUUGUCCAAAGGGAUACAUUGCCAAGGAUGGACAGUGUUAUGAUAUCGAUGAAUGUGCCACCAACAACGGUCAAUGUAGCGAGGGAUGUGUUAACACUCCAGGAGCCUAUUAUUGUGCCUGCCCACAUGGAAUGAUGCGUGAUCCAUUAGAUCCUUUCAACUGUGUCAACACUGCUAAUUCGUUCGACAAGAUUGCUGCCCUUCUUGCCAACUAUCUUGAAGCCAAUACAAAAAACAAGGAUUCAGAAGUGACGUCCGAGAAAUCGGGCGGACGUGUCAACUACAAAGCCACCAUAAAAUCUGCCGACGACAAGACCAUCACUUUUGAAUGGUCUCAUGUACCAGAAGUCGUUCGUCGUGCAUUCAAAUGGCUUUUCUAA